AUAUUCGAUUUCAACUCCUGCGAACGGGAACAGGUAAGACCUCGACCUUCACAGUUUACUUAAACGAGGAAGCAGGAAAGUGAGCAAGUCAACACAAAUUUAAGAAUCUGCUUGUUAGCUCUCUUACCGUCACCGCGAUGGAUUGUAUACCUCCGGAAGUAUUACUUCACAUCUUCGAGUUCCUCGAUGGCCCGGCUCCAUCUCAAGUGCGACUUCGCCAUCAGCCGAGCGACGACAUGUUGCAUGUCAAGCCUCAACUUCUACAUGGCCUCAAAAAUGCAUCUCUCGUCUCCAGGGCUUGGCGAAUAUUGGCCCUCCCUAAUUUAUUCCGCCACAUCUUAUGGAGGCCCAAGAUAUCAUCACUUCGCGCCUUUACCAUGAACCCGAUUCCUCUCCUGCAGUUCUUAGAGGAUAAUAAAUUAGAUCGCGGUGUCAUAACAUUCACCCUAAUCGUGGACUUUGUGGACAAGGAGGCCGACGCUAGACAUACGAUGCCCGAAAUACGGACAGUCGAUCUCGAGUGGUUAUGGGAUCAGCUCUUCUCUGUUAUCGAUCCUCUGAGAUUUACCAUCAUUGCACCUCCCACCACGCUUGCUGCGUUCAUGUCUCGUAUGCUCUUCUUAGAUGAUGCCUGGUCCUUCAGUAUUCCCUACCAUAUCCUUUCCCUUGCCCGAACCACAAGGGGACCUGGGCGUGAAAAGCCGGCAGAUGUAUACUUAUCCGAUCUCCAGCUUUCACCGCCGGAACAUGAUACUAGGAGAGCGGCUCAACCUGCAUCGGCAAGUCCCCCUACCGGAAUUCGAUAUAGGAAUCCACCUUCAUGCCCGCUUUUCACUGUUCGUCCGUGGACUUCUAUACUUCUCAACGAAGGUUCAUCCACCAGGGUCUACCGAACAUAUGAAUUCUUCCUACGACGGCCUCCAUCCAUGUUGGGAGCUCUCCUUGGAUGCGAGGAGCACCCCAAUGAUACUCCCCUCGUACCGCCCACCGUUGUUGACUUUAACUACAUUGCCAUAUUUCCCCUCUCCUCUCACUUCGAGGUUCUCGUCCAGCAUCUACCUAAAGUCGAACGACUAUUCGUACAAUUAACACCCGGCCCGGAAAACCUACUCAUAUUGGACGAUGAGGAGAUGCACCAUGUCGACUCAGCCGACCUAUGGAUGGAACGCAACACAGCAUAUAGCUCCCUAAUGCGCGAGCUAACCUUAACGGCUAGUCCCAUGGACCAACCAAGGAAUUGGGCAUCAUUGCAAGUUUUCGAGAGCGGCGACACGGCGGAUAUUGAUGCGUGGAACAUGGCCGUCGAUUUUGUCAAGCGCAGCGGGGUCAAGGAUUGGAAGGUAGAGCGAGAGGGCGUCUUUGUCAAGUACGACGACGAUGGGAAAGGUCCCAUUACUGAACGGGAGAUCGAUGGCCAUAUUGCGGUCGCUAACUCUCCCGAAGGGCUAAUAUUGGAUCAUUAAGGCGGUUCGCGUUCAACGGCGUCGCCCGUUUGCCAUUCUCAAGCAUGUGGCUAUAUAUGCAGAAUGGUCAACCACCCACAGAAUAUCCAACAGUUUAAUUCAAAGUCUUGAAUUUACGACCGGUUAUUACGUCGUGCUUUUUUCUCUGGGAAAAUGGGAAGAAAGCAGCCUCUCCGAGGAUCA